AUGGCAGUACAAUCCAGAGUGGCUGCAGUGACAGGCGCCAACAAGGGCAUUGGUCUCGCCAUCGUGCGCAAUCUGGCCCUUAGCUACCCAUCGUCGGCACUCCGCAACGGGCCUCUGGUCAUCUACCUCUGCGCACGCUCUGCUGAAAGAGGCGCCGACGCCGUCAAGGCUCUCCAAGAUGACCCCCAGCUGAAGAAGGCAAAGGUCCUCGCCCAGGACGGCGGCGACACGACCAUCACCUUCCGCCAGUUCGACGUCAGCGACCAGUCCAGCAUCCACGCAUUCCGUGACUUCUUGCGCAACGAACACCCCGACGGCAUCGAUGUCUUGGUCAACAACGCCGGCAUCGCCAUGGACGGCUUCAACACCGACGUCGUCAAGCAGACUCUCGCCACAAACUACUACGGCACCCUCGAAGCUACCCAAUCCAUCCUCCCUCUAAUCCGCCCCACCGGCCGCCUCGUCAACGUCAGCUCCAUGGCCGGCAAGCUCAACAAAUACUCCCCUCAAUUGCGCGACGCCUUCAUCGCUGCCUCCAAGUCCGGCGUCUCCGACUGCACCGCCCUCAUGCAACAAUUCACAAAGGCUGUACAAGAUGGCAAAGAGAAAGAGCUGGGAUGGCCAUCUGCCGCAUACGCUGUCAGCAAGGCUGGAACGACUGCUUUCACAAAGGCCAUCGCUGCUGAAGAGGACAACAAGGGAAGAGGUGUUCUGGUCAACGCCUGCUGCCCAGGUUACGUCAACACCGACAUGACCAAGGGCAACGGUGUCAAGACCCCCGAUGAGGGCGCAAAGACUCCCGUCAUGCUCGCCCUCGAAGACAUUGGCGGCACGUCUGGCGGUUUCUGGCAGAGCGAGAAGAUUAUCGAGUGGUGA